UUUUCCAUCUAUAUUUCGAUGGUCGCACAACACAAGCGUUUGUCCGUCAACGCUAGUUGCUAUUGAAGAAUUUUUUAUUCUGCCUUCCCUUUCUUCGUUUCCAUUCACACUUCCUUCUGCUUUCUAUUUGAAUGAUCGCAACCACAACCAUUCACACACCGAUUGAUCAACACUCUGAAAUAUUGGAUCUCUCUCAUAAUCUACGAAUUUAGCAUCGCAUAGCAGGAAGAAAAUGUCAGGUGUGAGAAGAAUUAAGCUUGGAUCACAGGGGCUAGAGGUUUCAGCUAUUGGACUAGGAUGUAUGGGCAUGUCUCAAGGCUACGGACUUCCCAAACCUGAAGAAGAGAUGAUCAAAGUCAUCCACCACGCCAUCAACUCCGGCGUUACUCAUCUCGACACCUCCGACGUCUACGGACCUCACACUAACGAAAUCCUCGUCGGCAAGGCUUUGAAGGGAGUGAAGAGAGAGGACGUUCAAUUGGCUACGAAAUUUGGAGUCAAAUUCGGAGAAAGUUUUGAUAAGGCGGAAGUCCAUGGAGAACCGGAGUACGUUAGGGCUUGUUGUGAAGCCAGUUUGAAGCGGCUUGAUGUUGAUUACAUCGAUCUUUACUAUGUUCAUCGCAUCGAUACAACUGUCCCUAUUGAAGUCACGAUGGGAGAACUCAAGAAACUUGUUGAAGAAGGUAAGAUAAAAUACAUUGGUCUAUCAGAAGCCGGACCUGCAACUAUCAGAAGAGCACACGCUGUUCAUCCAAUAACAGCUGUACAACUGGAGUGGUCUUUAUGGACUAGAGAUGCAGAAGAAGAAGUCAUUCCUACUUGCAGAGAAUUGGGAAUUGGGAUUGUUCCUUGGGGUCCUUUGGGUAGUGGGUUCUUCGCAUCAGGUCCGAAGUUGGUGGACAAUCUGACAGAUAACGACUUUAGAAAGAUUCUACCAAGGAUGCAAGGAGAGAACUUUGACCACAAUAGGGUUAUAUAUGAGCGGAUUAAUGAAAUGGCACAAAGAAAGGGGUGCACAUCGUCACAGUUGGCACUAGCUUGGGUCCUACACCAAGGUGAUGAUGUGGGUCCCAUCCCUGGUACAACCAAGAUUGAAAAUCUGAACCAGAACCUUGGAGCCCUUGAUGUUAAACUCACAGCUGAGGAUUUGGCUGAGAUUGAAUCUAUAUCAUUCAAGGGUGCUAGAAUGCCUGAAUUUCUUUUGGUGCAUAGUUAUACAAAUUCGGAUACUCCACCUUUGUCCUCAUGGAAAUCCAAAUAAGCCCAAGAUGAAUUUCCCUCUAAUAAUGUUGUUAAUUUGAGUUUUUUGGUUAUGAUGAAAUGUUAUAAGUACGUGCCUUUUUGUAUUGUUUUUGUAUUUGUAUUGUACUCGAGUAUGCUUUUUGUCGUAAGCAUGUGAGAAUCCAUAAGUCUUCAUGUUCAAGUAUUAA